UGAGGGGGCGGUGGCCGGGGCAGGCCGGAGCUCGGCCAGAGGCUGUCGGUCGCUCUGUGAGUCUGCUUGAGGGAGAACGCUGUCACGGCUGGAGAAAGCCGACGAGAAAGCUUUUCCACGUUCUCCCUUGAGCGGCUUCCAGUGGCGGCGUCUCCCGCGCAGCGGCAGCUCGGCAGCCCGCCUGGGCGGGCGGGAGCGGUGAGGGGCAGCGGGCCGGGUCCCGUGCCCCCGGAGCGGGUUCAUCCACUCUGUGCUGCUGGUCAGGGACCACCUGCGAGUCAGGGCAGAGUGGAAGUGCGGGACUUGAAGACCUCGGCAUACGCCAGCACGUCUCAGUUUGGUCCGUUAUUUGGCCCUUCAGCUUGGAGAGCAUUUGAAGCCUGGUGGAAUAUUGCAAUGGCAGCUCAGAUGACUGAUGCUCACCGACGGUUCUUGCAGGUCCUGAUGUCUCAUGGGAUAAUGGAAGGAUCAGAGGCCAGGAAAUUACACAGGCGCUGCUGUGAAAUCCAUAAAGUGUACUACGCGCACGAUAAACUAGAUGAUUUCAUCAGUACUAUUAACAGCCAUCUGCAGCCUUUGUUUAUGCAGAUCCGGAAAGGAAUGUCGGAAGGCGAUGGGAGAGCACAUUACGCUUUGGUGAAUUUGGCAGAAACUGAAAUAACUAAAAUGGCAUCUGACUAUACAGAAAACGAAUUAGAAUUGUUCAGAAAAGCAAUGGACCUAAUAAUUUUAUCAGAAAAUGGCUUUGCCUCUUCUACAGAGAUUUUAAACCUUGCUGACCAACUUAAGACCAAGAAAAUGAAGAAAAAGGAAGCAGAACAAGUGCUGAAAGUUUUUGUGGAGGAUAAGUGGCUCUCUGAGAGAAAUGGAGAAUAUACUCUGCAUACUCGCUGCAUUAUUGAGAUGGAACAAUACAUUCUCAGCAACUACCAAGAUGUGGCAAGGAAGUGUAACAUCUGUCACAGCCUUGCCAUCCAGAGCCAAGUAUGUGAAUCCUGUGGAAUUGCAAUGCAUUUACCUUGUGUCAGAAAGUACUUUAGAGCUCAGACUGAACCACGCUGUCCGCAGUGUAAUGAUUUCUGGUCCUGCGACAUUCCAGGUACGAGUCGGAUGGACUCCCAGUCACCAUCAAAAACAGGGAGAGCAGAGAAGAGCUUCAUUCUCAGCCCUAGACGAUGCUAAUAAAACUUGCUUUCAGUGAAAUCUUUUUACCCCACUCUUGCAGAAUAGCGAGACUGUAUUGUAUUCAUUAGUCACAGUGCACGGUUCAGUGUACUUAUUUUUUCCUGAAGUUUUAAGAAUCUUAAAAUAAAACUAUCAUUGACCUUCCUGUUCUCCUCCACAGUUAUGCCUGCACAGCUUUCUUGGAGACUGUUUUGUGUAUGUGCUUCUCCUCUCGGAGGCUGUUUUGUGUAUGUAGUUCCCUAUAUUCUGGGGUUAGGACUCUCAGUGCAUGUUUGGGAAUGAAAGAUGCAAAUGGUUUUAGUCAAUCUUGCAAGCUGAUCUAUGCAGGUGAACUAUUACAAGUAGCCUUUCUCAGCAAGGGUAUUCCCUAUUUGUGCUGUUUCACUUGCACAACUGAAAAUGAAACCUGUUACUAGCACCACAGGGCUUCCAAGUAGGUGAAAAGUCAAUGCAGCACUUGAGGUCUCCUCACUAAGGCAGCUGGCUGAAUUAUCUGAUCUAGGGCUAGAGUUUUAACACUUUCAGUUGGGACCAUUGCUUGGGUUUUGUCCCUUCUUUAGACACAGAGGAGUUCAUCUGAGAUAAGGCCAGGUCAUGAGCAGCUACGCUCAAUAAGAGGGAAUAUUCCCACAGUCAAAACGAUUGCGAAGGAGUAGGACAAGACUUCUGGGGCAAUGCCAGCUUACAUCUGCAAAGUGUUGGAAAAAAUGAUUAUCUUAAGAUUCUUUUAGUUUUUAGUAUUAGCACUUCACUCUCCAGUUUUAUGUAAAGAUGCCUUUUCCUUCAAAAGUGACUUGAAAAAAGACAAGGACUAGAUACUGCCACAUACAAGAAUGGAAUGGCAGCAGCUCUUUUCCUUGGUAGAAACAUGUCACACUGCAGAAGGCGGAGUGGCAGCAGCUCAGCUGAUGGUUAAUCAAAGUAUGAUUAAGCUUUGGU